AUGACGCAACAAGAAACAAAUUCGGCUGAACAAAAUAUUGAGAUCUGGAAGAUCAAGCGUCUCAUCAAAGGCCUUGAAGCUGCAAGAGGCAAUGGCACAUCCAUGAUCUCCCUUAUAAUCCCACCAAACUACCAACUCUCCCGCAUGACAAGAAUGUUGACGGAUGAGUUUGGAACGGCGUCGAAUAUCAAAUCCCGCGUGAACCGGCUCUCUGUAUUGAGCGCUAUUACAUCCACCCAACAGCGAUUGAAGCUCUAUAGCAGAGUGCCCAGGAAUGGCCUGGUGCUUUACUGCGGCACGGUGGUGACAGAAGAAGGGAAGGAAAAGAAGGUCAACAUUGACUUUGAGCCCCACAAACCUUUAAACAAGUCAUUGUAUCUCUGCGACAAUAAAUUCCAUACAGAAGCAUUGCGGGAGCUGUUGGAAUCCGACUCCAAGUUUGGCUUCAUCGUCAUGGAUGGUAACGGCACUUUGUUUGGCUCGCUUGCUGGUAACACACGUGAGGUUAUCCACAAGUUCCAAGUUGAUCUGCCCAAGAAGCACGGUCGCGGUGGUCAAUCAGCAGUUCGUUUUGCUCGUCAAAGAGAGGAGAAGCGACACAACUACGUGCGUAAAGUGGCCGAGUUGGCGACAGAUUUCUUUAUCACGAACGACAAAAUCAAUGUCACCGGUCUUGUAUUGGCUGGUUCUGCCGAUUUCAAGACGGAACUAUCGCAGUCCGAUCUGUUUGAUCCGAGGUUGGCAUCCAAGGUGCUGCGCGUGGUGGACGUAUCGUAUGGUGGCGAGAAUGGAUUUAAUCAGGCCAUUCAACUAUCGGCCGAGUCCUUGUCUAAUGUCAAGUUUGUCCAAGAAAAGAAAUUGAUCCAGCAAUACUUUGAUGAAAUUUCCCAAGACAGUGGCAAAUUCUGCUACGGCGUGGAUGAUACGCUCAAGGCGCUUGAGAUGGGCGCGGUUGAUCGCUUGAUUGUCUGGGAAAACCUGGACACAGUCCGCUGCACUUUGCGAGAUGACGAAAACCAAGAGCAGGUGAUGCACGUUACCAAGGAGCAAGAGCGUGACCAUUCGCUGUUCAAAGAAAAGACUCAGAGUGACGAGGUCGAGGUUGUUCAUUCAGUGCCUUUGUUGGAAUGGUUCACAGAGGCUUACAAGGAUUAUGGCGCUACGCUAGACUUCGUCACUAACCGCUCGCAAGAGGGUGCCCAGUUUGUGAAAGGCUUUGGUGGUGUUGGUGGCCUUCUUCGCUACAAGGUCAACUUUGAGCAAUUCAUGUACGAUUCCGAAGAAGAAUUCUUCUCUGAUUGA